AUGUCGCGCCGAGCGGCGUCGCCGCGGCUGGCGGGCGCGGCGGCGAGGCUGUUGGCGCUGGCGGUGGCGUGGAUCGCGGCAGGCCCGGGGGCCCUGGGGGGGCGGGUGGAGCCCGGGGCCCCGAUCGUGACGUCAUGCGCCGGGCUGCAGGGCGCCCUGGAGGGGUUGGCAGGGGGGAAUUCUGACUUGACGAUCCUUGUGGAGGGCAGCCUGGACUGCGGUCCGGGCGCCUGGAACCGGAAAAUAUCGGUGGGGGGAAGUCUGAGGCUGGAGGCCCGGGGGCCCGGGGCGGUGAUCGACUGGGGGGCACUGAGAGGGGGGUUGGUUCUGGAGGACGGGGCGGUGCUCGGAUUGGCGAAUUUGGUGCUGGCGCAGGAGGCGAUGGGGGACGAGGUGGCGGUGGCGGCGGUGGGCGCGGCGGGCAAUAAGGGACGGGCAAUAAUGGAGAUGACAUUCCGGCCGGGCUUCGAGCUGGAGAUCAGGAUGUGCCAAACGGUGUUGGGAUGCAAUGUUGGCGCUGGAGCUCCUGAGAUCACGACCCCGGCGGUGUUUGGCGGGAACGCCUGCCGCGGAUUGUCCGACCGCCGCCCGCCGCCCCAAAUAAAGCCCGCCGGGGUGUCCUUCGCCCCGUCGGCGCUGCUGACAUGCCUGGUCAGCUCUGCGGUGGUGCUGGGCGCCGGGGUGCGGUCCAGGGCGGGGUGGAUGCGCCAGUGGGCCCGUUCCUUCGGGGCCUUCGGCUGCGUGCGGUGCCGCCGGUGCAAGUACGACGCCCCGGACAGGGCGGCGUCGGCCAUGGCGCGCCUCGAGCCGCUCUGCAUCGAGGUCCCGUACUUGAACGACCCCACGAUGGCGGCGCACGCCCUGGACGGGAUGGAACUCGGGGAGCUGCAGCUCGGGUCCCCCCUGGGCCGUGGGGGCUUCGGCCGGGUGUACAAGGCGCUGCACAACCACAGCGUGAUGGCUGUGAAGGUGAUCGAACACGACGCCAGGAUGCUGCAGGCUGGGCUGGGCGAGCCGCUGGAGGCGCUGCUGUCCAUGCACCUGGACCAUCCCAACAUCGUCAAGACGUAUCUGAAGCAGACGAGGGGGCGGAACAGCGUGCAGGCGUCCGUGUCCACGGGCGCCAACUGGCAGUCGUGCCAGUCGGGGGAGAGGGGGAGGGGAAGGGCGCGGAGCGCGGGCAGCGCCGGGGGUUCGGGGGGCGAGGAGGUGGAGGGGGAGCUGGAGGACAUGGACGAAUUCAGCUACAUCGAGCAGAACCUGAGGGCCAGCGCGACGUUCGCGGAGGAGGCGGACGAGAGGUUCCGCACGUGGAUCGUGAUGGAGUACUGCGACCGGGGUUCGCUGAACAUGGCCAUCAGGGAUGGCAUAUUUUUCCAUGACGAGGGCAAGAGGCGGGAGCCCAAGUUUGUGUCAAUGUUGCUCACUGCCCUGGACAUCGCCAAUGCCCUGGCAUACCUUCAUGCUCAGAAGGUGGUCCACGGAGACCUCAAGGCCCACAACGUGCUGUUGAAGAGCACCAGUGCUGAUGAGCGGGGCUUCUACUGUAAGGUCGGCGACUUUGGCCUGAGCCGCAUGAUGCUGAACAACAAGACCCAGAUUGAGACGUUCACAUGCGGCACGGUGCGGUACAUGCCUCCGGAGCUGCUGAGGGAUGGAGUAAUGACGCCUGCCGUGGAUGUCUAUUCGUACGGGAUGCUUCUGUGGGAGAUGGUGUCCGGCUCCAAGGCCUUCUCCGGAAUGCACCGCAACGAAGUGAUGGUGGCAACCGUAGAGGGAAGGCGGCCAGCCAUUCCCUCCCACUGCCCCACCAAGUUCGCAUCCCUUAUCCAGGAGUGCUGGCAGCAGGACAACGCGCGGCGCCCCACCUUCAAGAAGAUCCUGAGCCAGCUGCGGCGGCUGGCGAGCACCUACAGCUCCUCUGCCGCGCACAGCCUUAUGGGCACAGCCAUCAAGGAGGAGCGGCAGUCAGUGGAGCUGAGACACUCGCUGGAGAUCGCAGCCAGCAAGAAGCUGUCUAUUGAGGCUGGGAAGGCGCGGGUGGUGAAAGCGCAUGCCAUGCCUGCACAGUGCCUGGAUUCUUCAGGGGUGUCAUCGGGUGACCGGCCCCCGCUCCCGGCGCCCCCCCUCCCGGCGCCCCCCGCCACCGUGCGCUCGCCCCCCAAGAGCAACCCCCUGUGGACGGGCCUGCCCCGGAAGACGGAGGUGAUCGGCAAUCCCCUGUGGGGCGCGCGCAGGAGCCUGGGCUCCCGGCCCAGCCAGGACCCGGGCCGCUUCCCCCUCUGGGCCUUCGGGUCCCCCGCCCCCGUGACCGACCUCCCGGACGUGGGCUCCCCAAAGGGCCCCCGCGAGGAAGAGGGAUCGCGCGUGAUGGCCAUGAAGCGGCUGCCCCUCAGAGUGCCGCAGAGGGUGAGCGCGGACUGCCACGAGCCCGCCCUGACAUCCCGCUCGGACUCCGCCUCGGAGUUCGCCAGCCCGCACUUUCGCCGGGACGCGGACAAGCCGCCAGCGCGGGGCGGUGAUGAGCCGGCAUCGGGCACGCUGGACCCGUCCAGCCGGUCCAGCAGCGUGACGGUGCCGAUGGUGUCGGCCUGCGGCCCGGGCACGGCGAUGCCAUGGCGCAGUGUCACGCCCAACUACACCCAGCACAACGUCGGCCUGGGCAACUUCCGGCCCAGGACCAGCCUUGACAACGUGGGCAUGUUGCAGCCCCGGGCGUCCGUCGAAGGGCGGCCCUCGGCGGACCUCCUGCCGGUGCUGGGCGCCGGCAAGACCCCGAUGGUGAACCCGCAGGUGAGCCUGUGGCUGACCACCAGCCAGGGCUCGAACUUGGGAUUGGGAUCGGUGGCUGCCUGCCAGUCACCGGCUGCCGCCCUGGCGCCGGCUGCUGCCCAGCCGCAGCUGCCGGCAUCGCCUGUCGCCACGCCACCAUCGCCCACUGCGCCAUCGUCCCCCGUGCCGCCGUCGACGCCGACUCCAACGCGGAAGAGGGGAGGGAGAGCGUGCGCGGCUGUGGGGGCGGGGACGGUCAUACCACGCCUGGCAAUAUCCAAGAUCAUGGGCUCGCCCAGCGAGCAGCUCAUCAAGUCGCCUGAGUGCAGGCCGCAGGAAUGGGACCUGCAGUGUGCUGAUGGUGCGGAUGUUAAGGUCGACAAGCACCAUCCCAAGCCCAGUUGGUGGAACAGCAUCGACACCACGGGCUCCUGGUCGUUCCGCUCAGCCCAUUCAGAAGGCGCCAGCAGGUCCACCUCGGAUGAGCGCAAGAGAUCUGGGGAGUCCAUGUUGAUCACCCCGGGAUCGACGCCUGUCCAGCCUGCUGCGGAAGACACCUCUUUUCCCAGAGUGUCUGCAGCGGGGUCCUCCGUCAAGUCCAGGGUGUCUGUUGGGGCCGGGAGAGAGAGGCGCUACAGCUCCAGGCUGUUCACCACGGACCCGGGCCUCGGGGCUGCGAU